CCGCAGGAACCAGCUCUGAUACCGAGGAGCUACAGCCUUUAGAGAUAAACAGAGCUUCCUGGGAGAAAAGAAGGAUUUGAAAAGUUACCCGCCACGAUGUCAGACAGAAGCCCCUUCGAAACGGACAUGCUCACCCUCACUCGCUUCGUUAUGGAAAAGGGGCGUCAGGCCAAAGGAACCGGGGAGCUCACACAGCUACUGAACUCCAUGCUGACGGCCAUAAAAGCCAUAUCCUCGGCUGUGCGCAAGGCUGGCCUGGCCCACCUGUACGGAAUUGCGGGAAGCGUGAACGUGACCGGGGAUGAGGUGAAGAAACUGGACGUGUUAUCCAAUUCCCUGGUGAUCAACAUGCUCCAGUCCUCCUACAGCACCUGCGUCCUGGUUUCGGAGGAGAAUAAAGACGCGAUUAUCACUACCAAGGAGAAGAGGGGGAAGUAUAUAGUCUGCUUUGACCCGCUGGAUGGAUCUUCCAACAUCGACUGCCUGGCCUCCAUUGGAACCAUCUUUGCUAUCUAUAGAAAGACCUCAGAGGACGAGCCUUCUGAAAAGGAUGCUCUGCAGCCAGGCCGAAAUAUCGUAGCUGCAGGCUAUGCCCUCUAUGGUAGUGCAACCCUGGUGGCUCUUUCCACUGGGCAAGGAGUGGACCUUUUCAUGCUCGACCCGGCUCUCGGUGAAUUUGUCCUCGUGGAAAAAGAUGUCAAGAUAAAACAGAAAGGAAAGAUCUACAGUCUCAAUGAGGGCUAUGCCAAGUAUUUUGAUGCUGCCACCUCAAAAUAUGUGCAGAGAAAGAAAUUUCCUGAGGAUGGCAGUGCUCCCUAUGGGGCCAGGUAUGUGGGCUCUAUGGUAGCCGAUGUGCACCGCACCCUGGUCUAUGGAGGGAUCUUCCUGUACCCGGCGAAUCAGAAAAGUCCUAAGGGCAAGCUCCGGCUCUUGUACGAGUGCAAUCCUGUGGCCUAUAUCAUAGAGCAGGCUGGAGGCCUGGCGACCACAGGCACCCAGCCUGUGCUGGAUGUGAAGCCGGAGUCCAUUCACCAACGAGUCCCCCUCAUUCUGGGGUCCCCGGAUGAUGUGAAGGAAUACCUCACCUGUGUACAGAAAAGCUAGGCAGGCAGGUAGUGGGUUUCACCCUGAAUGCUGCCUUUUCUUUGUCUUGUCCCUUCUAUUAAGGGCCCUAAGGGAACGAUCAUUGUGAACAGUGGUGAUGAGUAACAAAAGGCAAAGCCCCCCUGAGUCCCCCCCCAGAAGAGCAGCAGUGACGUGCUCCGCACAGCUCUAGAAGCCAGAGGCGAUUCUGUGCUCCGUGCGAAGGGCUCAAAAUUAAAAACUCACGUGGGAAAAGAA